AUGAGGCUUUUUCUCGUUCGCCAUGGCGAGACCGUAGACAAUGUUGCUCAGGUCUAUGCUGGGAGCAGGGACUCCGAGCUCACGAACCAUGGCUUCCAGCAGGCUAAUCGCCUCGGCCGGUACCUAUACGCGACAGGCCAUCGCUUCAGUCAUAUCUUCUCCUCCCACCUACAGAGAGCUUUUCGAACCGCCGAGCUCAUUCUCGAAGCUCAGGCCGCUGCUGUUUCAACGGAUGAGAAACCCCUACAAGUGAGGCGACUGCCGAUACUCAUGGAGCAAGACUUUGGCUUCUAUGAGGGGAAGAAAUGGUAUCAGAAGCCCCCAGGCGGUGACAAGUCUGGGAAGCAAGCACAUCGAGACGAAAAGGUCAGCACGCCUAGCUUCGUGGAUAUGGAGACCAAAGAUUCAAUGGCGGAACGAAUGGAUGCUUUUCUGGAUGAGCAUCUGAUUCCUCUGCUUGACGAUCGGUCUCUAGUCGACGAACGCUCAGUCGCGAUAGUUUCUCAUGGCAUCAUACUUUCCGUGUUAUGGCGCCGGCUUCUUGCUCGAUUGCCACCCAAAAGUGUUUCGCCUAGUGUGCGAGUUUUAGAGACUUAUAGGAGCUUCCAACUCGAGAAUCUAGGUGGUUGGUCCAAUACCGGGUAUCUAGAGCUGCUUUUGCAAAAGCAAGCCAAUUCGCCUCCGCAAACUAAGGUAAAGGGCGACUCAUCCACGGGUCCUGAGAUGGGUCUCGUGAAGACUGACGAGCCUGUGGAAGAGCUCUCUCCAAAAGUCGCGACCGCAAGAAUCCUCCAUGAAUGGACUGCAGUCAUUGAGACUGUCAAUGGCAAGAAUCACCUUCAAGGUCUCAAGCGCACCGGUGCUGGUGUCGGUAGCGCGAAAUAUGAUGCCGGGCAGAAGACUUUAGACACAUUCUUCAAACGACGACGAAUCAGCUAA